CAGAAAACAAGCAAAUAAGUAUGGCCGCGAGCUGCAUCGCGCUCCGUGGCGUGAAAAUUUUCCUGAACGCAGGCCGAGCGGCUGCUGCAAGGAAGGCUUCUUCGUCCCCAGUAGUGAGGCGGAAGCCCAAACCGCCUGUGCCUGGUGCCAAGCCACCGCAGAAAGUUUUUGAUGCUUUGCUUAAGAGCACUAAAUUUAACAAGUACGAGCUGGAAGCGUUGUACACGAUGUACCGAAACCUGGUGUCGGCUGCGCAGUCAGCAGCCCCGACCGGCAUCGGACAGCCAGCACCCAAAGCCGAUGGCAUAGAUCAAAGCACCUUCCGCGACGUAAUGCACAACACCUUCGACCUGGUCACCGAAGAAGCUAUCCUGGAGAGAAUCUGGGUGACCUGGGAGCGCCCAUCAGGCGGCGAAGGAGCCAUCAAAUUUGAAGCCUGGGCGAAGGGCUUGAGCCGAAUGCUGAGGGGGACUGAAGAUGAGAGGAAAAUGCACUGUUUUGCUGUCUACGACUUGAAUGGGGAUGGCUGCAUUACGAAGGACGAGAUGUUCUUGCUACUCAAGAAUUCCCUCUUGAAACAGCCAGGGGACGAAGAUCCGGACGAAGGAGUACGUGACCUGGUGGAACUUGUUCUCAAGAAGCUGGAUAUUGAUAGGGACGGCCGAGUGUCUUUCGAAGAUUACAAACAAGCGGUUGAACAGGAGCCUCUCCUGUUAGAAGCCUUUGGCCAGUGCCUGCCUUCUAAGCGACAUUCAGCCGCCUUUCUUAGAACACUAGUCACUAAGUGAAAAUAUAGUAGUGUAGUUAGUAAGGAACUUAAUUACAAUUUGUUUUAGAAUUGUAUUUAUAGAAUUAGUGAUCAUUGCAAUAAAUAAUUGCUCACAUGAAUUACGUUAUAUCAGAGAAUAUAUAAUAGUACAAGUACAGAAGGCCCACU